GCUCCUCCGCCGGCUCAACUCAACCGUCGUCCAGCAAAUCAGCGCUACGAGCAUUCUAGCUAUGACGCUGGCCGUUGCGGUAUCGCUCGUUAUCCGCGGAUCGCCGAACCGUGCAACACGCCCUACAAUUGAUUUGAUCGACCAGGACCGGUCUCAAACUGACAGACUGCAACACUAACUAUUUGACUCAUCCUUUGAGCAAGAAUAAAGUGACGAGGCGCCGCUGUCUAUGUGACUGCAAGAUAUCAAUCAUCAUGGCUCAAAAGCACACUCCGCAGCUCGAGCUGGCUUCGUAUCCUCAGCCCAAUUCUUCAGCCCUUGAUAUCGAACCGUUCCAAAACGACCCAAGCAUUGCAUCUGAACAUGAUGAAGGCUUCUCCCUGCCUCCCACUGAUGGAGGCAAAGACGCUUGGCUGUUCCUGUUUGCCUGCUUCAUGCUCGAAGCCCUGAUCUGGGGGUUUCCCGCUUCGUACGGUAUCUUUCAAGAAUACUAUACUCACAAUGAACCCUUUGCCGGCUCCAAUAACAUAGCUGUUGUUGGUACUUGCGCCAUGGGCAUCAUGUACAUGGCUCUCAUCCCCGUCUUCGUUUUGCUCAAAUUCUUUCCCAAGUUUCGCGCAUGGGCGACUCCAGUUGGUCUGGUUAUCAUCUGUCUUGCCCUUGGCCUGGGAUCGUUUUCAAACAACAUCACGCAUCUCAUUCUCACCCAAGGCAUCGUCUACGCAAUCGGUGGUAGUCUCGCAUGGACGCCAAUUCUGUUCUACAUUGAGGAAUGGUGGGUACGUCGUAGAGGCUUGGCAUUUGGAGUGACUAUGGCAGGCUUUGGCAUGUCCGGCGCCAUCCUUCCGGUUGUCCUUGAAUGGCUCCUCCAUGGGUACGGCUUCAGAACAACCUUGCGGGUUUGCUCUCUCAUGUUUGUCGCGCUAAACUUUCCAAUCCUGUUCUUCUUCAAACCUCGACUUCCGCUUUCCCAAGCAUCUCAAUCCAGGAGCUUUGACAUGUCGUUUUGGACAUGUUCAAACUACCUGAUCCUACAGUCAGGAAACAUCAUACAAAGUCUUGGCUUCUUUCUCCCGGCCAUCUACCUGCCUACCUUUGCGCGUUCUAUAGGCGCCAACAACAUCCAAAGUACUGUAACAGUCAUCCUCCUCAACGCCGCCGCAUGUAUAGGAAACCUGUGCAUGGGCAUGGCGGUUGACAAAUACCACGUUGUCAACUGCCUCUUUGUAACAUCCAUCGGCUCUGCUAUCGGAGUCUUCCUCCUGUGGGGAUUUUCCACAUCCUUGGCCCCGCUAUACGUCUUCUGCGUCAUUUACGGCGCUUUUGCGGGAUCGCAGGCCAGCACGUGGAGUGCCAUUGUCCGUGGUACGAAGGAGAAAAGAAGAGGAGCUGACUCGGGCAUGGUCUUUGCAUGUCUCUCGGCUGGCAAAGGCGUAGGCAAUCUUUGCAGUGGACCCCUGUCCGUAGCUUUGCUGCAUGCAGGAGACUGGCAUGCCAAGUUCGCUUAUGGAAGUGGUUAUGGUGCUCUUAUCGCAUUUACGGGUGCGACGGCUUUGCUCAGCGGGUGGAGCUAUGCUGCGAAGAGGAUUGGAUGGCUAUGAAGGAACGAGGCUAUGUGGCAAAACACUUCAUGUACUUGGAAUCUCCUUGUCAGUUAUGCCAGCGCGUUCUUCUUGAUAUUUACAUACAUGCCUGCUCAAAACAUCUCCACAAUGGUACCUCACCCACUCAACAACGGUAGGAAACCCAAUGGCCCAGGGAUUGAGAACUAUGAUAGCAGUCAGAGUGGAUGAGCUUGUGUCUUGCUGGAACUGUUUCUCCCAAGAAUUGCCACAUGCUACG